AUGGACGUAUGGCUCGUAACUUUGGGUUUACGAAAUGGUUCGCCGGUAUACACCAGGGAGGUUAUUCCCAUACCGCACAAGACCACCUUUUAUCGUAAUAUACAACCGGAUCGUAUCACAAUGACGAAAUCCAGAAAGUUGUGGAAGAGGCAGCCCUGCCGGUUGUACACCAGGGCCAUCUUCAUGGGCUACAAGAGGUCCAGGGUCAACCAGGACCAGAAGUGCAGCUUGCUGAAGCUGGAGGGCGUCAAGACCCGUGCUGAGACUGCCUUUUACCUCGGCAAGAAGGUCGCCUACGUCUACAAGAGCAAGAACUUGAAGAACGGCACCAGGUUCAGGGCCAUUUGGGGAAAGAUCAGGCGUCCGCACGGCAACAGUGGCACCGUGAGGGCCUCGUUCAGGAAGAACCUGCCUCCCUGCGCCAUGGGCAGCAAGGUCCGCGUCUUCCUCUACCCUUCUAACAUCUAA